UAGUAGCCUGCGGACAUGGUUAACUAUGGAUUGUUACAUUAUGUAGAUACAACUAUAAAGAUUUAAAGCUAAUAACGCUUUUUGUGUUUGUGUGAGAAUAUCACAGAAAAAUGACUCGCACAGUGUCAUCGGAUUUUUAAAAAUUAAUGAAACUGAAAAAACGGAAGAGUCUGUGCGCGCAGUGCGUGAAUAUGCCCGCCAAGGUCUCAAAGAAGGUCGUGGGCAUGAUCGUACGAAGCCGAAAAUUCAUUAUUAAGGAUGGGGUCAUUACGUAAGUAUUUUUGGCUCGGUGCAUGAUAAAUUCUAACGACAAUUAUUAUGUUUAUUUUUGACAAUGAAUUAUAAUAAUGAAUUAAAAAAUUUUACAAAGCGCAACUUGUUUAUGAAACUUUUCAUCAAUAUAAAAAUUAUUAUUAUAUGGAACUGAACAACUGAUAAAUGAAAAAUUGAUAGGAUCAUAAUAUGGAAAGAAAUAUAUAUAGUAGCACUUCUUAGGGGUCAUGCCCCCUGGGGCAAAAGGUGGAGCAGAGGGCCUGGGCCCCUCUUGUUCUGAAAUUCACAACAGCCAAGAACAUGCUAUUGCUAAACUCACACCUCCUCUUACAUUUGCUCAGCAAUGCUACAGACAUCUUAAGAGUUCCGGUAUUGGAGAGGCAAGUGUGUACCAUGCUCUGAUUGUAAUAUUUUUGGAAUUUUUUGCAUGGGGUUUAUUAACCAUGCCUGUUAUCUCUGUAUUAAAUAUCACAUUUCCAAAUCAUACGUUCCUGAUGAAUGGUUUGAUAAUGGGCAUUAAAGGAAUCUUGUCAUUUCUUUCUGCACCAUUAAUUGGUGCUUUAUCUGAUGUAUGGGGUCGAAAAUUCUUUUUACUCAUCACAGUAGCCUUCACAUGUGCGCCGAUUCCUCUAAUGAGCAUUAAUACAUGGUGGUUUUUUGCUAUGAUCUCCAUCAGUGGUGUCUUUGCUUGCACAUUUUCAGUGGUGUUUGCAUAUGUUGCUGAUGUUACUGAAGAGCAUCAAAGAUCUCCAGCAUAUGGUAUGGUAUCAGCAACUUUUGCUGCAAGUAUGGUAAUAAGUCCAGCAUUAGGAGAUUAUAUUAUGAAAGAAUAUGGAGAGAAUCUUGUGGUUGCAUUAGCAACUGCUAUUGCAGUGUUGGAUGUGUUUUUUAUAUUAGUGGCUGUACCUGAAAGUUUGCCUGAAAAAGCUCGUCCACCAGCACCUAUAUCUUGGGAACAGGCAGAUCCCUUUGCUUAUCUUGGAAAAGUUGGCAAAGAUCAUACUAUUUUAAUGUUGUGUAUUACUGUGUUCCUGAGCUAUCUUCCUGAAGCAGGACAAUAUAGUUGUAUAUUUGUCUACUUGACUAAAGUUAUGGGAUUUACUGCUUUAAUGGUAGCAAUUUUUAUUGCUGUGGUGGGAAUUUUAAGCGUCGGAGCUCAAAGUGUCUUAGGUCCUUUAAUAAGAACACUUGGCAGUAAACACACCAUAAUGUUAGGUCUUUUAUUUGAGAUGUUACAACUUAUGUGGUUUGGCUUCGGUUCACAAACAUGGAUGAUGUGGGCAGCUGGAGUACUUGCUGCAGUAUCAAGUAUUACAUAUCCUGCAAUUUCUGCAUUCAUAUCUAUGCAUUCUGAUGCAGACAAGCAGGGUUUGGUACAAGGCAUGGUAACUGGAAUGCGUGGAUUAUGUAAUGGUCUUGGGCCAGCAAUGUUUGGAGUAAUCUUUUAUCUCUUUCGCGUUGAUCUCAACGAUAAUUCUUCUUCUCUCCCUGCAAAACCAUCUCCAUUAGAGGAAAAUAAUAAGACAGGAACUGCCACGCAACAUCUUGAUAUUAUGCCACAGAUAGUAACCCAGCUUGUACCAGGACCACCAUUUGUGUUUGGUGCAUUACUUGUGAUAUGUGCAUUACUAGUAGCUGCAUUUAUACCGGAAUCAAACACAAUGCCAACAGGUCCAUUACAUCAUCCAUCCACCUCCCGGAGGCCCUCCGGUAAAUACGCAUAUCAGAAAUGUUUAUCCUUGGAUGUACAUUAUGAAGGAGAUAAAUUGGGAAGUGGGAAAGGAAAAAUAGGGCCGCUGUCACCUCUAGUCGACAAUUGCAACUCGGCUGCUCUAUAGCUAUUGUGAAAAUUAAAGAAAAGAAAAAAAGAAAAAAAGAAAAAAAGAAAAAAAAAAAAAAAGGGAAAGAAAGAAAAGAAAAGUACCUUCAUGACGAAACUCUCUAUAGUUAGAGAAAUGGUUACUAUCAAGUGCACCUGCUACACACAGACUUUAAGAAAAA